GCAAAACAAAGCUCUCUCUCUUCUCUCUAUAUUUUCAUCUCAAAAUAAGAAAAAUAAUUACCUUUUUAGAACUUAGAAGAAACUAUCAAGUUUUUUUAUGCUAAAAAAGGAAGUAUAGUUUCGAGUAAGAACAGUAUGUCGAUAAGACGUAUCUAUCCAUGCCUUAAUGUUCUCAUCAAAAGAUCAAGUCCUUUCUUUGCAUGAUCAACCACAAGACCACAACACAAAGUCUAUAUUUCUUCCUCUUUCUCUAGCUUCUGUUAUAACAAUCAAGAAUCAAGAAUGGUACGGACACCGUGUUGCAGAGCAGAAGGGUUGAAGAAAGGAGCAUGGACUCAAGAAGAAGACCAAAAGCUUAUUGCUUACGUUCGACAUCACGGUGAAGGAGGCUGGCGAACCCUACCCGACAAAGCUGGACUCAAAAGAUGUGGCAAAAGCUGCAGACUGAGAUGGGCCAAUUACCUUAGACCUGACAUUAAGCGUGGUGAGUUUAGCCAAGAGGAGGAAGCUUCCAUCAUUAAUCUCCAUGCCAUUCAUGGCAACAAAUGGUCCACCAUAGCUCGUAGAUUACCUGGAAGAACAGACAACGAGAUCAAGAACCACUGGAACACUCACAUCAAGAAACAUCUUAUCAAGAAAGGUAUAGAUCCGUUGACUCACAACUCACUUGAUGGUAAACCAUCUAACCAUCCAGAGACAUCGAAGGAUAAAAGCAGCGUUUAUCAGGAGGAGCAUGAUCAGAAUUCAAACAAUAAUAAGUCGUUAGGGUCAUCAUCAGCUCGGUUACUGAACAGAGUAGCAAACAGAUUUGGUAAGAGAAUCAUCAACCACAGUGCUCUGUCUGAUAUUAUUGGAAGUGGUGGCCCAUUUACUAGUCACACUACUUCAACUACAAGUGCUUCUGAGUGUGAGAAGUCAACAAGUUCUUCCUCCACACCAAACUCUUCAAAUCUUCACAUGAUCCUCGAUGCAACACCUUUGUCCUCGUCUACGUUCUCUAACGACACCUACGCUUCGUUAAUGUACGACAAAGUCUUUGAUGACAUAGAAGAUAUGACAGGAUUUUCAUCAAGAUGUUUGAAUGAUGAAGAUUUCUUGACGUUGGAUGAGUCUUGUUCAAAGAAUACUUUGUUCAUGAGGGAACUUGCAAUGAUUCUUCAAGAGGAUAAAAAUGAGGCGACAUCGUUUAGUGAUAGCCACGUGAGGCCGAUCAAUGAGGUUGAUAACUACUCCUUUGAAGGGAUUGACAACUGGUUUGGAUAAAGUAUAUCUACAGAAAUGUAUAUUAGCUUCCGGCCAGGAAUAGUCUAAAUUUAAUGAUGAUGAUGAUGAUGAAAAUAUGGCAAGUAUAUCAAUUAGAAUUUGAUUUUGCUGAGUUUUUUUAUAUAGUCAGUGUGAGUUUGUGAAUGAUUGUAAUGUUUAUUUUGUAAGAAACUAACUACAAAGCAAUAAUAAAAAGUUACGUAAUA